AUGAUUCUAGAUGUGUAUAUUCGUCUUGUUUUUACGUUGACAUGUCUUGCUAGUUUAGGGGAAAGUAAAAGUUCCGAUGAAUAUAAACCAGAUAUAGCAAGAGUUGGUAAAACAAAAAGAGCGAAAAUGGCUCAAAAUACAGCAACAGGCACAUUCACUAACGUAAUCACGCAAAUUCAAAACUUACCGACAAUGGAACUUGGAAGGAGAUUCAGAACUCCCUGUAAGACUGGUAACAAAUGCGGAAAGGUCAUAAAAAGACUUAUGGUGCCGAAACUAGCGCAGCUAGAGAAUACAAUAAUGGGCAUAAUGAAAGAGCUGUCUAAAAUGCCACCAGGUGCCCGUUUGCCUGACAAGUAUACCAAAACAGAGCCAAUAAAGUUGUUACUGGAUCAGAAUUAUAAGGAGGACGUGUGUAUGGACAAAUUGGAAUCUUGUUUAAAGGAAGACAAACGACGCAAGAGAAUUUUGAAAAAACUAUUCUUUAAAAAAUAUAAUGCAAUGCGGCAGGAACUGAUCGGAUAUGGCGGACGAAGAUUGUGGGGUGGAGAAGGAAACCUGUUCUAUAAACGAUAG